UGUUUUAAAUAUAUCAGGUGAUAGAAAUGUCACAGAUGCUAUCAAUACUUCAAUCACAACCUGAGAAAGUAUAUAGACACGUGUCUUCUCAAAGUACUCACAUUUAAUUCUCAUUGUACCUAUUGUUUUUCCUAACUUGCAAUUAAGUCUAUGAAACAUACUCAUCAAAUUCCAGGUAACGCCAAAUUACAAGAAAAAGUCAACUUUAAAAAAAAAAAAAAAAAAAAAAAGGCUCCAAUUGGGCAGCAAGCCUUCAAGAUGGAGCAGAAGAAAGACAAGAAGCCUAAAAAAUCAACCUGGAAGUUUAAUUUGGAGUUUACUCAUCCAGUAGAAGAUGGAAUUUUUGAUUCUGGAAAUGUUGAACAGUUUCUGUGGGAGAAGGUUAAAGUGAAUGGAAAGACUGGAAAUCUUGGGAAUGUCAUUCACAUUGAACACUUCAAGAAUAAAAUCAUAGUCGUUUCUGAGAAACAGUUCUCUAAAAGGUAUUUGAAGUACUUUACAAAGAAAUACCUUAAAAAGAACAAUCUUCAUGAUUGGCUUCCUGUGGUUACAUCUGACAAGGAGACUUAUAAGCUUCGUUACUUCCAGAUUAGUCAAGAUGAAGAUGAAUCUGAGUCUAAGGACUAG